GGCAGGAGGAAAAUUGAAUAAUUUAAACUUUCAAAAAGACAACGAUUUUUUAUUAGAGAGGGGAAAAUAUUCAGCAGUAGAAAUAUCUAGACUAUUAUUAUCAUAUGACCCUCACCGAGAAUAUUUUAAAAAAGAUGGGAAAAUGAGUUUAAUCACAGAUGAAGUUAAUCCUACUAUCGGCAAUUUUCGAUUAAAUAAAAUGCUUCAUAUUUGUUAUAUGCUCUAUUAUUCCAAGCAUGGAAAACCGCUUUUUCAGGAAAGCUUACUGGCUUAUCCACGAGGAGCAUUAGUUUACAAAAUUCUCAUGAAUUUUUUUCAACUUAAUAAAGAAAAAUUAACACCUCAACAAAUACCAGUAGAAGAAGAGGAUAAAAAGUUCAUUAAUAAGACUUACUGUUAUUUCAAAAAUAAUUCCGACCAAGAACUAGAAGAUUUUUCUCAUAGCGAUAUAUCCUGA